AUGGGCGACGGUAAUCACUUACAAUCAGCCUACAUAAUCCCUCCUAAAUUCCGGAAGACUAAAGGAAAUGGUAGGCUUCUCUAUAAAGGAUACACGUAUUCAUGGAGAAAUCGCAAGAAAAAUGGCAACUAUUGGACCUGUUCCAGUCACCAGAAAAAAGAGAUCCACUUCAUAACGUCAAAGAAAGGUCACAAGUUAUUGGUAUAUGAACAGUACACUUACGCACAGAAUUGUAUUAGCAAAAGCAGAGUAAGUUGGGCGUGUUCUUCUCGAUGCUCAAAGAAGUGCUGCGCCCAAGUGGCGCUUACUAAUGACGGUGAAUUAUUCAUCAUUAACAAAGAACAUAGUCACCCUCCUCCUAUUUUCUAUGUGAACGAAAAAGGCGAUUACGUCAGAGUAUCCGAUAAACAGUUGAAGAAGAUGGUGAAUGAAGAGAACGACGAGCAUGAUUUAAAUUUUUUGGAUCAAGAUCAAGACUUGAUUGAAGAAGACAAUGAUUGA